AUGGAUGACUUGCCCUUGAGUUCGUCGACAACGCUUGAGAUUUCCCCCCAUUACCUCGGCGGUGUGCGGGACUCCUUAGGGCAUUUGCCACCCUGGUAUCAAGUGCUUUCCUUAGGCGGGGUAUUCUGCGUGAUACACCUGCGCAACAAUGCUGUCGUGACUUGGCUCGUGGUGGAAUUGCACAGCUCCAUCGGCACGGAGGCGGUGUGGCCCGAUGAGUACCAGACCAUACUACGGGCUAUGUCCUUCACGGAGCGGCUGUGCUUCACACUGUACGGUGCCACGCUGGCGGCGAUCGCUGUCCUCCUUUUCCGUGUCUUCUGUCAGGAUACUUGGAACAUUGGGUGGAAUGCAGGCCAGCUGUUCCCCGAUAAGAAGCUACCUAGCAUUGCGAUGGUGGUUCUCAUGUGCGUCGCCGAGGGGGUCCGACUGCGGCAGGUGAUUGGGCAGCAGCUAUGCACUCCUGGGUCUUUGGCGAGACUCGCCAUGCACAGCUUCAACGAAAUCGAGAGGAGCAAGAUUGAUCCGCAAAUUGCCGAGAGUAACACUCAUGUCGUGAUUCAGUUUGAGCUCUUUCGCGCCUACCUCGCGCAAGCGUGCAUUCACCGCAUCCCCGUCGUUCUCUUUGCCGGAGCCUAUCGGUUGUUUCGCGAUGUCCCCAACAAGGCAUAUGUGGCACUGCGGUGGUACAUGGCUACUAUCGCCGGCUUCACUGUUGUGCAGGAGGUGUUGGUGAUGUACAUCCGGUACGUGUGGACAGACUGGAGUCUGUGGGCGAUGGUUAUCUGGUCUCUCACCUUCCUCGGUGUCGUGAACUUUGUGUACGGCCUGUCGAAGCGGGCUGGGAUGGUGGUGACAAUGUCAACGACGAAUUGUGUGGCGGAGGCAUUGCGUGGCCUUGUCACGUGCAGCGCGCUAUGGUUUAUCGCCUCACUGAUCGUUUUAGACUUCGUUGUGAGCGUGCACGAAGAGCUGGUGCUCAUUUGGCUCUUCAUGUCCCUCAUGAUCCUCUGGACACCUGCCAUCAUCGAUGCGUGCGCCAUUGACUACAUGACGUUUCUCGCCAUCGGUGCCGGGUGCGUGGUGUAUGCCAUGGACGGCGUUUCGUCCAUCUGGGCAAGCAUCCGCUUUGGCUCACUGCACUUUUUGUGGUGGCUCUUCGUCUCUCUUUUGUAUAACGCGGCACUCCAUGUGUCUGCCUCUCGCUACAUCGCCAUGACGGUUGCGGCGGCCUGGUUUUUGUGGUCGCUAGUGCCUCCGAGGGAGCUCUGGAAGAACGCCGAAUCGGCAGCGGAGCUGGGCCUCGAGGAUGGAUACGGUGUUGUGCAGCUCUUCACGGCGCGCGUGCUGUGGCUCCGUGCCGUAGCAGACUUCGGCGCCCUGCCGAAGGGGUCAUGGAUUUACGGGCGGACGCAGGGGGACGGCAGGCACGCCUUUGAUUUGCUCCUUCAUGCGUCGGUCCCGGCAUGCGCUUUGUGUGUAGUAGUGAGCUCCGUCGUGCAACACCGCUUCACUGCCGCGACACGUCUUGAGUGGCAGCAGCAAAACAUUGUCAGUGCCACGCCAGGUGUUUUGCUGCGCAAAGUAAUUCGCACUCUUGUGGUAGUAGGAUGCGUGGUAGCCUCGAUCGGUAUGUGGUGUAUGGUGCGGUUUUACGUGCUGCCUAUGUGGACGCUGCUACUGCCCGACAUUAUUAACAAGGCACUGGCGACGGUGGCAGCGGUGACAGUGCUCGGUAACCUCAUGGAUAUGCAAGAGAGCAUGUACAUUGCAUGUUUGCGCAUUGCGGGACUGAGUGACACACUUCCAACGACGGAAGAACAGACGCUCGCUAGCAAAGACCUGGCCAGAUCCGGAUCCCUUUGA